AAGCAGGCGUCAAUUCUUAGAACAGCGUUUGAUGCAGAGGAUGUUUAUGCGGCGCUAGGACCCAGGGGACGUGUUCUCAUUUUCACAAGUCACAAUGCAAUUUGCAUGCGUUUGUUCUGCAAGGCAAACACUGGCGCAUGAGUGAAACCUAAACCCCCGGAAGAUCGAGGAACAGACUCGCAGACAAACUUACUGGUGUUGUAUCAAUAUCGUGAUGGGUAGCUUCCAGUCUUUACCGGAUGACCAUCCAUAUCGAACCCUGUCACAGAAGACAGGCUUUUCACUGGAGCAGAUCGCAAUUCUCCACAAUCGUUUUAAGCAGCUCAGCCAAAAUGAGGAAACAUUACGGAGAGAUGACCUUCAAACAAUACAAGACCUGGAAAGCAACCCAAUUCGGUACGAGAUUAUAGAAGCUUUCUUCGAUAAAAGGAACUUCCAGAAAGAUGAUGUGGGAUCUGUGGAUGAAAUUGGUUUUGAGGAAUUCCUUACAGUCAUGUCGUACUUCAGAGCACCAGCCCAUAAUAUCACAGAGGAGCAGAAAGAAGAAAUGAGAAGAGCCAAACUGCGCUUCUUGUUCAACAUGCAUGACACCGACAAUGAUGGAACCAUAACACUGGAGGAAUACAGACAUGUUGUAGAGGAGUUGUUGUCCCGUAGUGGAGCUCUUGGAAGAGAGACAGCUAAGGGCAUUGCAGAUGCUGCAAUGCUGGAGGUUGCCAGUAUCUCAGUAGGCCCUAUGGCACCUGAUGAGUUCUAUGAAGGAAUAACAUUUGAGCAUUUUUUGAAGAUUCUUAAAGGAAUUGAAAUUGAGACGAGAAUGCACAUUCACUUCUUAAACAUGGACACAACUGUUUUUUGCAAGCAUCAUUCUGUCUAGGUACUGCCUGUAAUGUAUAUUUUCCAGUAAAAUAAGCACUUUAUUAGCUGAGGCUGGUUUAGAAUAGUUUGGAUAGAUCUCUAGUUCUAUGAACUAUUUGUAGGAUGCGCAGAGUGUGUAUUUCACAAAGGUUGAAAAGCAAUAAGAACAGUGUGCAUUGAUAUUUGAAACUCCUUGUUUUGCAUGCACAUAUCACACAAUUAUGGUACUAUAAAAUUAAAACUAUGCAGGCAUGUAUUCAUUUAUUUUACUUGUUUUUUUUUUUAUUAAUUUUAUUAUCUCUUUAUUCUAAAAUAACCAAUUAUUCUAAAAUAACCAAUUAUUCUAAAAUAACCAAUUAUUCUAAAAUAACCUACCCUACUAUACAAUACUAUAACCGAAUGCAAUUGUAAUAUAUUUUCACAGAAAUAAUAAUCCUGAAUAGAGUAAUCAUAUUAUUGACACUGUGACAUAGCAAUAGCAAUAUGUGCAAUUUAAUUAAAACAAUACUUGAAUCUAGUCUCAAAAAAGAACUGCAGUUACUCCUAUCAACCAGCAGAUAUCGCUAAUGUCACAGCUUUGUUCAUGUGUGUCGCUAUAGAAAUACUCAGGUACUUGUACAACCAAUAAGCAUGUUUCAGCACGUCUUGCAAGGGCAAUUAGAAGUGUAUCAAUAAACAUUACAUUACAAACAAUACAAAAUUAAUUAAUGACACUAUGAUAAUGAUAAUGUCUAAUUGCUAAUGGACACCAAAGAAUUCAAUUAAUAUCAGCAGCAGAGACACAGGGCAAAUUCCAGUCAGCUUUUUUGCGCCCUUGGAGAGCACUUCAUGAAGGGGACGCCAUUUGUAGGGAAUUUCCAAACAAAAGUGAACAACUGAAUCCCUUCGCCAAGUGCCUUUCCAGAAGUCCGUUAGCGAAGGGACCAUGCGAUGGUCACUUCACUGACGUGAUUUCAGUUUGUGAUCGUGUGAUCUUCAGUUAGGAUAUCUUGCAAUGCUUUUUAAGGCAAAGUUGUUGUUAAUUUAGACCUCACAUACAAAUGUAAGUAUAAUAUGCUUAUUAAAUUUAACUUUAUUUUAAUACAAAAUAUUUUUCGUCAGUAAUAUUAAGAUGGUAGUGUAAACAAGUUACAUUUGAAGAAGCUUAAUAGUAAAUAAGACACAAUUAGAGAAUAUUUGAAUAAAAUAAUAAAAUAAUUGUCCAGCUAACAUUUGGUCAGUCAUUCCAUUCGCCAAGGGAGUUUGAAACACUUACAUGAGACAGUAAUGGCCUAUACCCUUCAAAAAAACACAUUUCAUAGGCUCUGCCCUUCGAAGGGAGUAGGGCAUAGGGAUGAUCCCUUCUGUUUGGAGUUCGCCCAUAGAGCUGAAGUUGUGCUUUGUUAGCACUUAUAAAUAGCACAUGGAUGGUACAGAUGUAGGUUAAGAAAUAAACUGUGUAAAGCAUUUUAUUUGCAAAAAUGAAACUGGCAUUUACUCUGUGAAAGUGCAAAAAUAUCUCAAAAUGAAUGAAUGUUUCUUCUGUUAACCUUAAAAAGGAAAAAACAAAAAGACUGUAUAUGCACCCACUGUGUAUUGAAACAACUUGCAACUUGCAUUUACCACAAUAAAACGGUAUCUUGAAACGCUGAA